AUGACCUUUCAAAUCAGCUUUUUUAUUCUGUUGUCAGUGGUCACUUUGGUUGGCGCUUUUUUCCCUCGCAGCGUCUUUCAGCGGGACUUUCACCGACACGUCGCGAAAGAUUUGGAAUCUUCCGGGAACGGACCAGACGAGCCGCUUCGGGGAUCUGUCAGAGUUGUCAAACUAAGCCCUCAUUUUCUGCGACGGGCCGCCGGUAGUCACGUGUCGUCCACAAACUCACCGAGUCGAGGCGCGUUUCCUGCUUUUUUGGCCCUCGGACGUCCCGGUCCGUCAGUCCUGUCCCAUAACAAACCUGCGGCCCUGCUCCCUCAGGUGAGCGCGAGCAACGCCAGGAGGAAACAGGGUCUGGAGAUGUGGCAGAAAGUGAUGCACAAAAGCGAGCGAAGCAAACAGGCCGUGGCGCUACGCAUCAAUCCCAAAGACACGAGCAAACAGAGCUGUGCCGCAGUGCCCUUCACACAGCGCCUAACGGAGGACGGCUGUGAGACGGUGACCGUUCACAAUAAUCUCUGCUACGGUCAGUGCAGCUCCAUGUUCGUCCCGUCCAGCGGAGAGUCCCGUGGACAGCAAAGAGCGCAGUGCACUCGAUGCAGUCCCUCUAAACCGCGCUCUGUGCUCGUACCCCUGCGCUGCGGGGCAGAGGUGCGCGAGAGGCGCGUCAUGAUCGUUGAGGAGUGCAAAUGCGAAACAAGCAGUGAAGAGGUCAAAGUUCAGAACACGGAAAUGUUUCAUUUCUAA